UCGGUUACGGUGCAAAUGGUUACUUAUGCUAAAUAUUGUAUUGGCAGGGAUUUAUUGCAGAUAACUACAUUUAACGUUACUCAGAGCGGGGCUACAUCUUAUUCUAUUGAAAUGAGAAUAAGCUCAAUAGGGUAUGUCUAAAAUGAAUAAAUACUCCACACAACCAUUCACAAUUAUGUAGUUACAUGUAUAGCACAAAAAAAAACAUGUUCGUAAAUAACAUAAAACUAGCGUGAUGCAGUCCGGUGUUCAUUGCAGAGCAUAUUGAACUGUGUCAUUUUCUGCAAACGCACAGCAAAGCAACCAGAGACCCAAAAUAUACCGCCGUUGCCAUGGCGUUCUGGUCGUCAACAAACAACAUCGGUACAGCAACCGCCGAAUUGUGCUGGUUUCAAAAUAAGAAUUCCCCCCAGUCGUGCGGUACGCGUAUUGCUAAAGUUUUGGUGUCAGUGCCUUACUGACCUGCCGAAGUUCGUCCGGUGCUAAGAGUCGCGAGUAUCUAGGUUACAACGGUUCCCGGUGCAUCGUUUGGUGUGGUAGUCUUUCUGGCAAAGAAAAUGACCGUGACAAACAUUUUAAUCAUACUUAAUCUUGGGUGUGAAAUGUUGUACGUGAUCGAUCAGCGUCUGAAAGCACAAUCCAUACCGUUGGAUAAAUCUGCACAAGUACUGCGUGAGAUUACCGAGGUACUUUUAGACCCCAAGUUUCUACAUUACAUAGCCACGGCAUACCAACAAAGCAUGCUGACUGUUCAACAGUGUCGUGUUCUGCUCACCGAUAUUGCAUGCUGCUCACUGAUGCGAUUGGACAUUAGCUCCAUGGACAAACUGUGGGAUCUGAUGGUUAUGAUAUUCAAAUGGCAAAUGUUCAUCACCAACAAGAACGCUCAAAUGUUGUUGGAUCUCACUUUUCGCCAUUUAGACGGGAUAGGUCGUUUGAUUCCCGAAAUGCGCAAGCAAAUACUGAUUGACAAUGUGAAGAAAUCGCUCCUGGAGCUGUGGGAACCGCUGUGCGAAGACGAGCAGACUAUCGUGCAUCGGAAAGUGUACAAAUGGCUGAAGCCCUACAAUACCAAAAUAUCCAUCCUCAUACGUAUGGGAUUGCAGAAGUCUAACGGGGAGUUUGAGGCAGAUCCAAAAAAUAAUUUAUUUUAUAAUUACUAUAUCAACAACAUCGGAGAAAACAUAUACUCCCGGACAGCGAAUCUGGCCGCACUAAAGGCACAAAAUGAUGCUGUUGGUAGUAGCUCAAACUCGGAUAUGAUAACGGCAGGCCACGAAAUCGAUACACUGGUACAGCAAUUGAAUAUUCAACAUGAGCCAAUGGACGAGGUUACGGGCAAGGAAACGACAAACACUCUACCAGUGCCUCACACGAGCUCGGUACACGGUGGGUUGAGCGAGAUAGUAAUUGCAGAAGAUGUCAACCAUGGUGAUACUAGCAAUCAUGCAUCGACCAAUGCCAAUGGAAAAGAAACAAAUCCUGAAAAAGAAGCCACAUCUGAUGAACUCGGUUCAACCAACAACACAAAGGAAAGCAAUCUUGAGAAGCUAAUGAAGAAAAUAAAGCUUGAAAAGGAAGAUUUCGCAGUGCCGGAAAGCGUUCCAAUAGAUGCAAAUGAAGAGUUGCUGAAAAUGUUUGACGAAAAUUUGCAAUUGUGAAGCCAGCUAGGUUUAGUUUUGUAGUUUGUAGAAGUAACACAGUUUGUUUCAUCAACCUUACUCAAUGAUCUAGUCCUUUCAUGUGAUGGUUUUUUUAUGUAGCGAUAGAAUAUCUUAAAUAUUACUGUACACCGUUUGAUUAACAAAUAAAAUAUAACGUUCGCAAAAAUAUAAUACAUAGAGU